GUUGACGUAUGCAUUCGCAAAUCGCAUUUACAAUACAAGUAUUAUUUGCUUUUUGCUUAUCUCCAGAUAAUUUAAAAAAUUGCUGAUAACAAUGCUCCACUUACUAUAUAAAUCAAGUUACGUAUUCAUGCUUUUCUACUAUGCUAUCAUACCGUUGGGUUAUUUAACGAAGUGGUGGGUCACAAUUGAGAAAAUGAAGGGUAACAGCACAAUUUUGGUGACAGGAGGUGCUGGCUAUGUAGGAUCUCACACUGUAGUGGAGCUUCUAAACAAUAACUAUACUGUGAUAGCCGUAGAUAACUUAGUUAAUUGCUAUUCCAGUGGAAAUGAGAAACCGGAGGCACUGAAGAGGGUGGAAAAAAUUACAGGGGAAACUGUUACAUUUUAUGAUAUUGAUAUCAGAGACAAGGAAGCUUUGGAUAAAGUUUUCAAGACUCACAAAAUUGAUGCAGUCAUUCACUUUGCUGCUCUCAAAUCUGUUGGAGAGUCUGUUCAAAUCCCUCUUACCUAUUACCAAAAUAACAUUGGGGGGUCUAGUACACUUUUUGAGGUUAUGGCAAAUAAUGGAGUGAAGAAAUUAGUGUUUUCUUCUUCUGCAACAGUUUAUGGAGAUCCUCAAUUCUUGCCAAUUACUGAGUUGCACCCUACAGGCCAGGGUUGCACAAAUCCUUAUGGAAAAACCAAAUAUUUUGUUGAGGAAAUUUUAAAAGAUUUGUGUACCUCAGAUCAAGAAUGGAAAGUAGUUUUACUCAGAUACUUCAACCCAGUUGGGGCCCAUGAGUCAGGUCUCAUUGGAGAAGACCCUUCUGGAAUACCUAACAAUCUCAUGCCAUACAUUGCUCAGGUCGCCGUUGGACGUCGUGAAAAACUCCAAGUUUUCGGCGCGGACUAUCCCACAGUCGACGGCACAGGAGUCCGGGACUACAUCCACAUCACCGAUCUGGCCAUAGGCCAUCUCAAGGCACUCGAGCGCAUGUUCUCGCCUUGCUUCAAGUCUUGGAAAGCUUACAACCUCGGCACCGGUAGAGGAUACUCUGUCCUCGAGAUGGUCAAGGCUUUUGCGAAAGCGUCCGGGAAACCAAUCAACCAUGAAAUAGUUGGUAGAAGAGGCGGAGACAUUGCUGAGUGUUACGCUGACGCAACUUUGGCCAAAAUUGAUCUGGACUGGGUAGCAACUAGGGACAUCGGAGCAAUGUGUAGGGAUACUUGGAACUGGCAGAAAAAGAACCCUAAAGGCUUCCACAGCUCUUGAGAGACGGUACAUGUAGUUGUUGAAUUACUGUUUUUUGGUAAAGUUUGUAGCAAAGGACGUAAAAGCAUUGGGACUAGAUAAUAAUAUUGACUUGCAACAAAUCUGAGCCACUAUUUCAGCAACAAAAAUUAUUGAGAAAUAUAUUUCAACAUUUAUUCACAGUUAUUAUGUUUAUGUAAGUUGUGGACAUUAUUUAUUCAAAUUUGCACUUUAAAUUUUUAUUUUAUUUUACCUUUGUUCCUUAUUGUCUGACAGCCCAGUGAUUAUUGCUUCAUUAAUUUAUUUAUUUUUGUUGUAAAAUAUUUAUGUUGUGUAUAUAUAUGUUGAAUGUUUAGUGUGAGUAUUCAAUUCAGUAUUCAAUAACCACUUGGAGUUUUCUCCUGGAUUGAAAAAGUGAAUCGAAAAUGACAUACCUAGUGAUGUUUUUUCAAACAAGUAAUGUUUUGAUUCAGUUUUUCUAAAGAGAAAACUUUGACAGGUUCAAUUUUAUGUAAAAUAUAAAUACAGCUAGACAAUAAAAUGUUAUUGUAUAUCAGG